CGGCUGGGCGGGUACCCUUAGACCCGGAGGCGGGCUCUGGGCGGCCCGCUAGGUUAACCUACUCUCCACGCCGCAAGGGGCCGCGUUUUCCCCCUUGGUUUCGCAAUUCUAAGCGGUUUCGAAUCUGCUUUGCUCUUGCAGGACCUCAGCCCCGCGUGGUCAGAUUCUCCCAAUAUUUUUUUCUUUUCUGGAAUGAAACGGGUAGUCUUUUUCCACCUCUACCGAAGUUGAUGUUGGUUUCUAAUCUUUUCGCCCUUCACACCUGCGUAACAAUGGAUCUCACUCUGACCCUGGCUAGAGCGGCACGGUCUGGGCUCACUGCAGCCUAGACCUUCCGGGCGCAGGUGGUCCUCCCACCUCAGCCCCCAGGUAGCUGGUGCUACAAAGGACUAGAAUGCUGCAGGGUUGGCCUUUGUCCUAAACCAUUUCUAGGUAUGGACUUGCCAGAUGAGAGCCAGUGGGAUGAAACCACCUGUGGCUCAGCUGUCUGUCAGCAUCCACAAUGCUGGGCAACUAUCCGCCGUGUCGAGAGGGGCCAUCCUCGAAUCCUCAGCUCACCCUGCAGAACUCCCCAGGAUGCUGAAGAUAAACUCCCAGUGCUCACCGUGGUAAACAUCCCAGAUUCCUGCUUUGCACCUCGUCGUUUACCAGAAUGUACCUUUACUAAGACCCGUUCUUUAUUGUCUCAGAGUUCAAAAUUUGACUCCAAAUUUCAAGGCAGGCCUCCGAGGGGUUUACCUGACAAAAGUUUGAUCAACUGUGCUAAUAGACUUCCCAAACUGCCAGUGUUGAAUUUGAAUGAGACGCAACUUCCCUGCCUUGAAAGAAAUAUGGUUGUACUGUGGAUCCCAGAAGAAACAGAGAUACAUGUGAGCCAGUAUGGGAAGAAGAAAAAGAACUUGGCAGUGAGUUGGGACCUUGAGAGAAAGCAUGGCGGCCCUCAUCAUUCAGAGGAGAAAAGCAAGUCAUUUCUGGGUCUUUCUGAAAAUCAGUCCACAGAAACACGAAUAGGAACUCCAGAGAUGAUCGUGCCUCCCCCAACCCCAGUGCAAUUGUCUGAAAAAUUCAGAUCAGAUUUCCUACCUCUCUGGGCCCAAUCUGAAGCAAUACCUCAGGAUCUGCUGAAGGAACUUUUCCCAGGUGGAAAGCAAACCAUGCCCUGUAGGGAGAUGAAGAUACAGUUGGCCAUGAUGAGAAAGAAUCUUUCCUUGAAAGUGAACCGACCUGACAGUGCAAUUUCUUCUAAGAUGUUUCUAUCUAUACAUCGCCUCACCCUGGAAAGACCAGCACUGCGAUAUCCUGAACAUCUGAAGAAAUUACAUAACCUGAAGACAGAAGGUUACAGGAAACAGCAGCAGUGGCAGCAGCAGCAGCAGCAACAGAGGAGGGUGAAAACACCUACUAAUAAACAGGAGGUGAAAGUGAAAGCCAAGGGUGAUCCAGGGAGCCAAAGCACAUCACAUAAAUAUCCAGUUACCACUGUUCAUGACAGUCUCUAUGGUCCUGAAUUGUAUGAAACAGAACCGACUAACAAGGACAUUAGUGCUCUGGUGGAAGCUGUGCCAGAAGCUCAGGCUGUCAGCCAAAAGAAAGUCUCCUUGAGCUUUUCAGAAAGUAUGGCUAGAACAAGCUGGAACCCUGAGCUCAAACUACUGAGGAUUCUUCAGGACACUGAUGAUGAGGAUGAGGAGAGCCAAUCCUCUGAGACAGAGUGAGAAGCCUCUGGAGAAGUAGACUGAAGGCAUCCCCCAGGGCAGCUGUGUUCCAGAGUGGGAUGGCUGGUAUCCUGAGGACAGCAGCGUUUCACAUAAGGGCAAGAGGAGAGAGGACUUCUGCUCUCUGGAGUCUUUACCAUGGCUUGAGCUCUGAGCUUAGGGAUUCAGUUUUCUUUGUUCACCUCUACUUGCCUCUAAAAUAAAUGUAGGAGAAAAA